AUGACCGAAUCGUGCUGCUCCCCUUGCUGCCAGCCAACGUGCUGCAGGACCACCUGCUGCAGGACCACCUGCUGCCAGCCCAGCUGCUGCGGGACCACCUGCUGCCGGCACAGCUGCCGCGGGUGCGGCGGCGGCUGCGGGUCCAGCUGCUGUGGGUCCUGCUGCUGCCAGCCUUGCUGCUGCCGCCCAACUUGCUGCCAGACCACCUGCUGCAGGACCACCUGCUGCCGGCCCAGCUGCUGUGUGUCCAGCUGCUGUCAGCCCAGCUGCUGUGGGUCCAGCGGCUGCGGACAAACUUGCUGUGGCUCCAGCUGCUGUCAGCCAGCCUGCUGUACCCCUGUGUACUGCACGAGGACCUGCUACCACCCCACCUGUUGCUGCUUGCCUGGAUGCCUCGCCCAGGGCUGUGGAUCCAGCUGCUGCUAG